AUGUUCUUAUUGUUGAGUGAUCAAGUUAUUCGAGUUAUUAUGGGACAGUUCAUUGGACAACAUGCUAGCAAACGUUAUUUAUCUAUGAUAAAUGCAUGUGAUUCUCGAUUCUUUAAAUCUCCUCAUGAAGAGCUUAUUAAUGAUACAAUCAAAGAAAAAAAGGAACAAACGCCACAGCUAGUAGAUGAAUCUGAUGGGCAAAAAAGUAACACAAAUUUUAAAAGACCCGAGUAUUCAUUAUCUGUUGCACAUACAUUAUCUGUUGCAAGUAAACUUGCCUAUGAGGAUGUUGCAGUCGUAAAAUAUGAAUUAGAAAAAGCAGGUUUUCUUGUAGAAAAGACUUUCAAACCUAUUGGCUAUAAGAAUGCAUGUGCUUAUAUAAUAGAAAAAGACAAUGAUAUAAUGCUUGUAUUUAGAGGUACAAAUCCAUUAAAUAUUCAAAAUUAUGUAACAAAUAUUGAUGCAGGCUUGGCAAACAUAAUGUCAUCCAAGAACCACUCUAUGGGUAAAGUACAUAAAGGAUUUUGGGAUGCUAUGGGAGCUACAGAAGCAAUAGAAAUUCAAGGAAAUAAUACAUCCAUAUCCAGUAUACAUGUCGAUUUAAGUCAUGUCUCUUUUUACAAAUCUAUCUCCACGGCAUUUUUAGGAAUUAUUCGAAUCUUGAAAGCACUCUCCUUCAACAUCUUUGCUAAUGUGAUUGACCCUAUUGACGCUAGUUGGGCAGGAUAUGAUUCAGCUAUUAUUCGACAUCAAAGUUUAUAUAGUCAAUCUGAAAAGUAUAUUUUAGAAUUAUUUAAAAGUAUGAAUGAUGAUGAGGGAAAGAAGAAGUUGUAUAUUACAGGUCAUUCACUUGGUGGUGCACUAGCAACAGUUUUUGUUGCAAAAAUGAUUCAAACAGAUAGUGUAUUGCUUGACUAUUUUGCAGGUUUAUACACCUAUGGACAGCCUAAUAUUGGUGAUAAAGAUUUUAGUAAAUCAUUCAGUUCAGAUAUAACCUGCAAAAUAUUUAAUCAUGUAUAUAAUAAUGAUGUCAUUCCACGUAUACCUCCCUGGUAUAGUCCACCUCCAGGAACAUUGGUAUUUAUAGAUUCUUCUUACAAAAUCUCCAUCUAUCCACCGAAUCAGUUGACACAGGAUCCUGUUCCUAUGAGAUCUAUUUCUUAUCUUCAUCUAUCAGGCUUAUUGAAUAAACACGUUAUUCGUAGAUUGAAAUCGGAAUCGGCAUUACGUGUUUUAUUUCGUAUUCUAUUACCUUUCUUUUUAAACGACCAUUUCCCUUCAGACUAUUGUGACGCCUUAUUAAUGGGUGACGUUGAAUGGAUUAUUCUAGGUGAAAAUGAAGGUGGUACUGAUUAUGUGGAUGAUAGAUAUAAUAAGAAGGGAUUAAAAAAAAUAUAG